AUGUCGAAUAAGUAAAUUAAUGAUGAGAAUUGAGGAUUGAAAAAUAUUCUAAGAUUUUGAAUUUAAUUAAUUAAUAAGGAUGUGUUACUAGAACUACUUGUGCAGCUGCAACUAUUUAAGCUGCUUGUGUGAAAAAUAGUUCAGGUGGGGAUUGUUAUUGGACUGGAACAGCUUGUGUUGAUAAAACUUGUGCAAAUGCACCACUUACUAUGACUACAAAUACAGCUUGUGGUGGAUUUGUUCAAGAUUGUAUUACUAAAACUGGAGGAGGUUGUGUUGCUAAUGGUGCUUGUUCUGCUGCUACUCUUCCAGCAGCUUGUGUUAAGAACAAAGACAAAGUUGAUUGUAUUUGGGAUACUACUUGUAAAGAAAAGACUUGUGCUAACGCUCCAAUUACAAAUAACACUCAUGA